AGAGAUAAAAAAGUCUUUUAAAAGCAACAUCUGACAUGUAGUUUGUAUUACCAUUUUCAUCAUUUUUUAAUUAAGUCCAGAGGAUUUUUUUUUUUGGGUAAGUUUUAGGAGAUUUAGAAAAAGAUAAAACAAAGGUGGAUGACACGAGAGUUUUCCCGUGAUAAGUUGAAUCUCAUGAAAGUUAGAUAAAUAUAUACAUAGAUGCAAUGUAAAAUCCAAUGAAAAGGUUAAACAAGACACUAAGAUAAUAGUGAAAUAUUAUGAAUUGUUGCUGGUUUAACCAAGAUUAUAAGAAUGCAAUACUAUUUGGACAAUAAUUAAGAGUUAUAUAAAUGAACGCGGUGAAUUGCUGUAAGAAUUGUUACUUUUGAAUAAUGGCCAAAAGUAUAUAGUAUAGCAUUUUGUCAAUUUAUCCAUGUGAUUUGCAAGUAGUAGUCAAAGACUCGAAAGGAUAAAAAGAGAAACAUAAUAGUUAAGGACCCAUAUUAACCAGAGCUGUUCAUCUAUGUUGUAUUUUUUUGCAUGGUCGUGGGAUCCUCUUGACCUCACAAAUAAAUUAAAUUUUAUUUUAAAUUGAUAUAGCUAAUAUGAAUAAUAUAUAGAUAUAGGAUCUGUAGGAGGGAUUUGAUUUGACUGAUAGAGAAGGCAUCUCUUGGGAUGUUCCAUUAGAUUAUUUCAUUAUUAUUGUACUCAGCAUGUGCUUGUCUCUAAUAUGCCAAACACAAAAAAAAAUGAACUUCUAUAAUCCAAUUUAUUUUGAAUUUUUCAAGUUUCAUAUCAUGGCGUUGAUUUUGAGUUUGUGGAGUUUGAUUAGUAAAUUAGUAUAAUGGUUAAGGAUGCAUCAAAGAAAUUUUAGUUAUGUACAAACUUUGUUUGUUUCUUAUUUCAAAGUUCAAACAUUAAAAUAGUUUGCUCAGGAGAAAAAUACUAUCAAUUUUCCUACAAUACACUAUCCAAUGAAUUUUUUUUUUAAAUAUAUGGCAUAUUUGGUAGCCAAUAUCCUUUUCUCAAAUAUGUAUUCCCUUUGUCUAUAGUUCUAUACAUUUCUUUUCAAUCAUUUCGUCCAAAAAAGUCACCAUGCAAGUGUUUUGUCUAAAUAAUUUUAAUUUUUUUGUCAUAGCAUGGUGAUUGAUGCCUUAGUUUUGAGAAUAUAGUUCGUCUUUAAUCUUCAUGAAAACUACUGAUCAAAACUCUAUUUGCAAUUGCUGUUCAUAUUAUUCCCAAAUAAAGCCUAUCAAUAGUUAACUGAAUCAAACCAUGUUAUGCUGCAUGUGAUGUAAACCUAAUAUCUAGUUAGACUUUUAGCAAGUACUAUUGUCUUCCUAUCAAAAAGUAGGUACUAUCAUAGAUGGAAAUAUCGUUUUAUAAACGGUUGUUGCAUUAAUGAGUUAUCGGCAACAAGAUUUAACAGUUAUGGAAGCACUCUAUUUCAUUAAUGACAUUGAAUAACAUUGGUUAAUGUGUGUACAAUGAACCAUGGAAAAACAUUGCCAACGAGACAACACACACAAACAAAACACCACACAUAAACACUUUCUAUCCUUGUUCCCAUUCUUCGUCUUUCUCCACUUUCUUCUCCCAAGAAAUAACACAAUUUCCCAGAUUCAAACUUCUCUUUUUUCAACGUCUUCUAAGGAAAGCAAGAAUCUAUCAUCUCUAAUUCUUCUCUUUUUGUAGUAUAUAUAUAAAAAACUACUUUGCUCUUUUUCUUCUUAUGGGAGAGAGAGUUUACACUAAUAAACUUCAGAAAAAAGCAAAAGAAGAUCAAUCUUAUUAACUUUCUCUUUUUGUAUUAUCUCUAUCACUCACUUUAAAGUUUCCUUAGAGAUUCAAAAUCAAAAUCUUCCAGAAACUGCUUCAAGCUUCUACUUGAUCAAACUCAUGAUCCACUUUUCAUAAAAAAGCACCAACCAAUUCCAACUAUUUUCUCAUUCAUUUCUUUAGUUUCCGGCAAGAUUUGACACAGUUUUGUGUUCUGUUUUUUUUUAUAAAUAUAAUAAUAAAAAUAUGGAUCGGAAAAGAGGGUGUAAGAUCAGAAAGAGAGGUUGCUCUUCCUCCUCUUCUUCUUCCCUUGCUCGUCGAAACCGCUUCAAACGCGCCAUUUUCGCCGGGAAAAGAGCCUCACUAGAAGACGGCGGCGGCUCAGGAACUCCGGUUAAGUCCAUCUCCGCCGCUAAAACUCCCGUACUCUUACCAUUUUCUCCGGAAAACCCUCCUUUAGGUCAAUCACAGAAACGCUGCGUGUCAGCAAGGAAGCUGGCGGCAACGUUAUGGGAGAUCAGCGACGGCAAUACAGAACCUCAUGUAUCCAACGAGGAUUGCUUGAGAAACAAGAAACCACCGAGAAACAGAAGGAAGACAUCAACAGAGAUACCUUUCCCUGAUUUCCCGCUAAAAUCAUCCCAUCCGGUUUCCCACGAGAGAAUCCUUCUCCGAGAUGAUACAGUUCGUAGAAGAUCAAAAAUUCCUCAGAAACUACAAGUAGUCGAAUACAAAACCAUCGGCACAAACUCUGUGACAACACGUUUCAAGAAUAUCAACGAGGGUUUAACGACUUCUAAAGAACUCGUGAAGGUUUUAAAAAAGAUCGGUCACCUCGGAGAUGAUCACAAGACCGCAAGCAACCGUUUGAUCUCUGCUCUGGUUUAUGAACUAGACAGAGCAAGAUCUUCGCUGAAGCAUCUGAUGAGUGAGUUCAAUGCGGAGGAGGCGGAGAAACGGAGGUUAGUAGAGAAGCUCCAAGAAGAGGCGGUGUCUGAGAGAAAGCUCCGGCUACGAACAGAGAAGAUGAACAUGAGAUUAGGAAGAGAGCUCGAGGAAGCUAAGGAAACGGAGAGGAAGAUGAAGGAGGAGAUGGAGAGAGAGAAGAGAGCGAAAGACGUUCUUGAAGAAGUUUGUGAUGAGCUGGCGAGAGGUAUAGGAGAUGAUAAGAAGGAGAUGGAGAAAGAAAGAGAGAUGAUGCAUAUAGCUGAUGUUUUGAGGGAAGAGAGGGUUCAGAUGAAGCUCACGGAGGCGAGACACGAGUUCGAGGAGAAACACGCCGCCGUGGAGAGGCUGAAGAAGGAGCUCCGGCGUGUUGUUGAAGGGGAGGAGGAGGAGAAAGGGUCGUCGGGGAUUCGCAGGGUUUUAGAGAUGAUAGAUGGUUCUGAUGAUGAUGAGGAGGAGGAGGAGGAGGAGGAGGAGGAGAGUGAUCUUAAGUCGAUUGAGCUGAACAUGGAGAGUGGAAGUAAGUGGGGAUAUGUUGAAAGCCGGAGAGAUGGUCGGAGGGAGUCAAGAUUUGUUGGCCCCAGCGAAGAUGAUGAUGAUCAUGUGGAGAAGAGAUCAGUGAUAGUUGAUAAUGGGGAGAGAGAUGAAUCUUUGAAGACUCUAAGAGAGUACAUUGUUUCUAAUGCCAGAUUCAUAGGUUCCUCAUCGUCGGAGCAGUGGAAUCAUCGGCACUUACCUAAUGUGGAGUUUGUGUAAUCACCUGAGCUAACGCCGGCAAGAGAAAAAAAUAUAUCAAUUUUUUUUUGUAAUGUAUAUACUUUAUAUUUCCUUAUUUGUAAUUGUAUUCAAUUUUUUGGAUUUAUUGAAAGAAAAGCAAUUAUAUUUGACUACAUAAAACUUUGUUUUCAUCCUA